AUGGCGCGGGUGCGGGUCGUGGCGGGCGGUUUGGGCGGCAGCAACAGCGUGGGGAAGGUGCGGCAGGGCAAGAAGGGCGAUGGAAACUGCAGCGGCGGGUCCGGCUCGUGCAACGGCGGGGGCGGAGGCGGAGGGUCAGGGAGAAACGCGGCGGCGGUAGAGCAUUCACAGUGCCAUGCAGGGCGGUGGCAUGCAGAGCGCGGGCGGCAAGCGGUGCUGGUCAGCAGGGGUCGGGGCAGCAGCAGGGCCGCGGGCGUGGCGCAGGUGCAGGCAUGGGGUGGUGGUGGUGUGUGGUGGUUGGGUGGUGGUGGUGGUGGUGUGGUGGUGUGGGUGGUGGUGGUGGUGGUGGUGGUGGUGGUGGUGGUGGUGGUGGUGGAGGACGUGCAGGCGGAGCGGGCGCAUGAGCGGAGGGGCGGGGCGGCAAGGGAGCGGCGGGACGCAUGGGUGGCAGGACGGCAGGGAAGGGGGCUGGCGCGGGGUUGA